AUGAACAAUCUCAAUAACACAAGCUCAGGUAUAAAUUUAGUUGAUGAAGAGUUCAAAGAUCUUCGACUUAAAGGUGCAAUUUGUAUUGUUCUCUUUAGCACAAUUAGUAGUAUAUCAUCUUUUUCAAUGUUUUUCUGGAUAGUUUAUCAGAAAAGUUCAAUGAAUAAUGUUAUCACCAAAUUAGUAAUGAAUUUAUUAGUUGCUGAUUAUAUUCAAAGUUCUGGCUUUAAUUUAUCAUAUUAUUGGAUUGUAAUGGGUAGAAUAGUUCCAAAUAUAUUAUGUGAUGCUCAAGGCUUUUUGAUAAAUGUUGGAUUAUGGGCAUUAGCGAUAUGUGUACAUACUUAUAUGUUGGUAGCACAUUCAUAUGAAUGUCCACAUUUAGUAGCUAUAAGCAUGUUGAUAAUUUGGCCUUCAAAUUUAGCAUUGUCAUCUAUAGGAUUCAUUUUUCAAAUGGGAACUCAAAGCAAAUUUUACGAUUUUGCAGAAGGAUCUUGGUGUUGGAUUUCACGAGAUUAUGAAGUUUAUAGAAUAACAUUUCAUUAUGGAAUAAUAUUAUUUAUUGCUUUGGCAAUGAUAGUUUUUUAUUUGCUGAUGUUUGCUAUUUUGUACAGACGUCAAAGAUUAAUGUCAAUGCAAAAUUCUAAAAAAGUAAUACAAAAUGUUAAUAAAAAAUUAGUUUGGUAUCCUAUAGUGUACAUCGUUUUAGUAUUUCCGUUGGGUUUACCAGCAUGCAGUUUUACAUCAGCAGGAUUUGUUAACGCACUGAUUUACUGUAUAACACGUAAUCUUGUAUCGUUGCGGGGUGUACGGGGAAUUGUGCCAAAAAUUCGUAAACGUGUAACAAUAAUAUCAUUGUCAACAGUAACAUCAGCAACAACAUCAUUUUCAACAUCAAUUAAAGACGAAAAUCAAGAAGAUGGAGAUCACAAUAUUGAUGUGAUAAGUAAAAUUGAAGAUGUCGAAUUAAAAUCAAAUUCACCUCCAUCGAAAGGAAAGAUUUAUUCUAAGAAUAGCAAUAUUGAUAUAGAUCCAAAUCACAGAUCAGAUGAUCACAAUAUUGAUAUAAUAAGUAAAAUUGAAGACGUCGAAUUAAAAUCAAAUUCACCUCCAUCGAAAGGAAAGAUUGAUUCUGAAAAUAGCAAUAUAGAUCCAAAUCAUAGAUCAGAUGAUCACAAUAUUGGUGUAAUAAGUAAAAUCGAAGAUGUCGAAUUAAAAUCAAAUUCACCUCCAUCAAAAGGAAAGAUUGAUGAAAAUAGCAAUAGCAAUAUGGAUCCAAAUCAUAGAUCAGAUGAUCACAAUAUUGGUGUAAUAAGUAAAGUCGAAGAUGUCGAUUUAAAAUCAAAUUCACUUCCAUCAAAAGGAAAGAUUGAUUCUGAGAAUAGCAAUAUAGAUCCAAAAAAUUCUAGAUCAGAUGGUGAUUGCUCGGAUAGAUCAAAUUCACCUAAUUCAUUUAUUAACAUUGUGAAAUAA